AUUUCUUUUUGCGUUGGGAUCGCUAAGGACGAGGCUUUAAAAUGGUGUAUUAGCGGCAGCGACGCGGCUAACGGUAUGGCUGCUGUCGUCCGCUAAAGUUUAUUCAAGAAAAAUUUUCUUCGCAAAAGUGGAGGAAAUUUGCGAUUUUCUCAAAAUCUGUUAGUUUGACAGUAAUGUCACUGAAGUAAAAGUUGUCAGGAAUUUCCUUACGCGUCGAAUGAGUGGUGUACGAGGUACGCACGGCUAAUUGAAGCCGAGUAUCAGGUCGAUGAUCCACCCUGUUGAAAAAACAAAGACCUGAAGAAAAUCUGAACAAAACAAUGGACAAGUUAGCAGUUGAUGAUGCUGUAGAAAAGGCCCUUUUAAAGCAGCUCAAGAAGUUCAAUGUCACUCAAGUGUAUGGUCGCACAGUGUCUAAAAGGAGGACUAAAUUUUCACUGUCCUAUGACAUUCCACCUCCCAACUACCUUUCUGGAAGCAAGGGAACAGCAGCUCAGAGGGAGCACUUUGCAGCUACCCUGAAUCAAAUAACCUUCAAAGCUAUGGGUAUGAAUUUCAGGGUGAAAUGUAUUCGUCAGUUAACAACAUUCCGUAAAGAUGAAAACACGCAUAAGUGUGUAAAAGACAUAUUUUAUCUUGUGAUCAUCACAAGUGUUUGAUUACUGCUCUUAAGUUAACUUUUAUAAUUUGCUUGAGGUGAUACAGCAUUAAUUUUAUGCUAAAUGCAGAAAGGAAAAUUGAUUGGUCGCAAUGAAUUAAUAUUUGUUAAAGAUGCAGAACAGAUUAAAAAUUGACUUAUUACCAGCUUCUUAAGUACUUUGUUUAUAAUAUAUACCUCACCUCUCAAAAAUCAAACAAAAAACAAUAUAGAUCGUAGGCCUGAAGCCAAAAAUCCAUCUAAUACAAUGAGCAUUAGUUUAGGUACACUCAGAUAUCAUUUUAUUCCUAGAACAUACCAUCUACUGAUAAGAAUCCGUCACCAGUUCAUCGUCCAACAGGCAGGGGCCCAAGUUCAUGUGGAUAAGGGACGUUGACCUGCACCUCUGGUGUGUGCUGAUUUGAAAUCGGAAGUCGGGGAACUUAGCCUGGAAGAAAUCCACGCUGUCUUGUUAUUGGUCCCAAACCCUUCUGUCUCACAGUCCUCACAUUGAUACUUACAUUAAAAAAGGAUUUCAUAUCCUUCUUCUUUUGCUCCGGUGUCUCAUUCAGCCAUACUUCCUUUGACUUCCCCACCAAAUGCCAAGGCACCGAAAAACGGUACACCGCAUAUCUGAUU